AUGGACACACAAUGGCCCCGUGACCUGACUCUGCUACGCCCAGCAACCCCUGAAGACAGCAGAGACCUCCGUGACCUGACUCUGCUACGCCCUGCGACCCCUGAAGACAGCAGAGACCUCCAUGUCCUGACUCUGCUACGCCCAGCGACCCCUGAAGACAGCAGAGACCUCCGUGACCUGACUCUGCUACGCCCUGCGACCCCUGAAGACAGCAGAGACCUCCGUGACCUGACACUGCUACGCCCUGCGACCCCUGAAGACAGCAGAGACCUCCGUGACCUGACUCUGCUACGCCCUGCGACCCCUGAAGACAGCAGAGACCUCCGUGACCUGACUCUGCUACGCCCAGCGACCCCUGAAGACAGCAGAGACCUCCGUGUCCUGACUCUGCUACGCCCUGCGACCCCUGAAGACAGCAGAGACCUCCGUGACCUGACUCUGCUACGCCCUGCGACCCCUGAAGACAGCAGAGACCUCCGUGUCCUGACUCUGCUACGCCCUGCGACCCCUGAAGACAGCAGAGACCUCCGUGUCCUGACUCUGCUACGCCCAGCGACCCCUGUCAGAGACCUCCGUGACCUGACUCUGCUACACCCAGCGACCCCUGAAGACAGCAGAGACCUCCGUGUCCUGACUCUGCUACGCCCUGCGACCCCUGAAGACAGCAGAGACCUCCGUGACCUGACUCUGCUACGCCCUGCGACCCCUGAAGACAGCAGAGACCUCCGUGUCCUGACUCUGCUACGCCCUGCGACCCCUGAAGACAGCAGAGACCUCCGUGUCCUGACUCUGCUACGCCCAGCGACCCCUCGACCCCUGUGUGACAGCAGAGACCUCCGUGUCCUGACUCUGCUACGCCCAGCGACCCCUGAAGACAGCAGAGACCUCCGUGUCCUGACUCUGCUACGCCCAGCGACCCCUGAAGACAGCAGAGACCUCCGUGUCCUGACUCUGCUACGCCCAGCGACCCCUGAAGACAGCAGAGACCUCCGUGUCCUGACUCUGCUACGCCCAGCGACCCCUGAAGACAGCAGAGACCUCCGUGACCUGACACUGCUACGCCCAGCGACCCCUCGACCCCUGUGUGACAGCAGAGACCUCCGUGGCCUGACUCUGCUACGCCCAGCGACCCCUGAAGACAGCAGAGACCCCCGUGUCCUGACUCUGCUACGCCCUGCGACCCCUGAAGACAGCAGAGUCCUCCGUGUCCUGACUCUGCUACGCCCUGCGACCCCUGAAGACAGCAGAGACCUCCGUGUCCUGACUCUGCUACGCCCAGCGACCCCUCGACCCCUGUGUGACAGCAGAGACCUCCGUGUCCUGACUCUGCUACGCCCAGCGACCCCUGAAGACAGCAGAGACCUCCGUGUCCUGACUCUGCUACGCCCAGCGACCCCUGAAGACAGCAGAGACCUCCGUGUCCUGACUCUGCUACGCCCAGCGACCCCUGAAGACAGCAGAGACCUCCGUGUCCUGACUCUGCUACGCCCAGCGACCCCUGAAGACAGCAGAGACCUCCGUGACCUGACACUGCUACGCCCAGCGACCCCUGUCAGAGACCUCCGUGUCCUGACUCUGCUACGCCCUGCGACCCCUGAAGACAGCAGAGACCUCCGUGUCCUGACUCUGCUACGCCCUGCGACCCCUGAAGACAGCAGAGACCUCCGUGUCAUGACUCUGCUACGCCCUGCGACCCCUGAAGACAGCAGAGACCUCCGUGUCCUGACUCUGCUACGCCCAGCGACCCCUGAAGACAGCAGAGACCUGGCGACCAGAGAGGG